AUGUAAAAUAUUUCAAGAGAUUAUCCGACAUAUAGCCCAAAUAGCAAAAUUUAACAAUCAAGGCAUGAGAUUUCUCCAUUUGGCAAAAGAAACCAAUCCGUUUUUGUAGCACGCGAAAAAGAAUAAGAUAAAUAGCAUAAAUAUUUCUAAAAUUCUAAAGUUGAAUCUUGCUCAUUUGUUUUUGUAAAAGGAGGAUCAGCUUUGGCUAUGCCUUAUUAUAGUCCAAAUUAUCUUGAAAAGCAUAAUUCACCCUCACCUAGCAAAACUUAGAAAAAAUAGAGAUCUAUAUCAACAGUUACCCAAGAAUCCUAUGCUUAAAAACAAUAUACACAUGCAGGAUAAAGAAAUAAACCAAUGGAACCCUAUCAUAUGAAUGCACAAAGAAAUAGGCUAAUAAUUUAAGAACCUAAAAUUGCAAGAGGAAAUUCUAGUUCAAUAAUGUUUGGAGACCCAUUGUAAAAUAAAAAAAUAUUUAAAUUAAAAAAAUAAACUUAUUUAAUUUCGAUUUGUAUCAAUAAUUUACUGACAUAUUAGUUAUUAAAAAUAAAUCUUCUUCUUUACAAAUUAUCAUUAUCUUCUUUGAAAAGGUAUUUCUUAACAAAUAUAAUAAAUAUAAAAGUCAUCCUUACAAAAGAACUUUCGUUACUACGAGCAAAUUAUACUUUGAAAAACCAAAUUUAGAUUUUUAUAGCUUACAAUAAAAUGAAGGAAUUAUUUCUGACAAGAUUAAAUAUACUCACUACCUUUAGCACCUUUGAAUCAAACCAAUUUAACUGCAAACUCUUUCUUUUUAAAAUCUUUAAAAUUUAUAAAAAAUAAUAUAAUUAUGAUCAAAAUAAAUAUUUCUUUAAUAAAAAAGCGUUUAAUAGUAAAAAAAGUAUUUUUCCUAAUUGUUAUAUUUAAUAAAUUGAAUAAUCAUUAAAUGUUAUAUAUUAUUGUGAGUUUCUUCUUAUUUCCAUGUUAACAAAUAAAUUUAUUUGUCUUUCUUAAUUCAAAAUUAAUUAAUUAAUUUACCUUAUUUUCUAAUUAUUUUAAACAGUAUUUUUUUUAAAAUAAAAAAUAUAUUUUAUUUAUAUUAUAAAAAUAUAAGGUUAAAAAUUGUAAUUAAUAAAUUAUCUUUCUCAUACAUAAUAUAUUGAUUAAUUUGAUAUAUCAUAUAAAGAUAAAUAUAUAAUAAAAGUAUACAGAAGAAAGGUGAACCAUUAAAAAAAUAAAGUUAAUAUAUUAUGUCUCAAAAAUUAUUUUAAAAAAUAAUGA